CAUCCACCCAUCCACCGCACCGACUACUAGCGGAACGAUCCACGGAAGCUCCGGAGCUCUGGAGCGAGAAGUCUCCCAGGCCGUUGGCUAGCGAGUUUCAACCGCUACUUGUACGAUGGCGAGAUCCACUCAGAUGAUAUUCCACGCGCUCUGUUGCACUGUGGCUUUGAGGACACCCGACCGCGCUUGGUCGCAUCGGCGCUGCAAAAGGUGGCGGAGUACAACACACUGGAUGAGGACGAAUUCCUUCACUUCAUGUGCGAGUAUGAAGAGGAGCUGAAAGAGGAUGCAUUUCAGCAUUUCCAGAAGUACAUGGCGGAUGGUCGCCUUCCCUUCUCUUCACUGCCAAGCAUUCUGAAAGAGAUGGAGCUCCAGCCUUGUCGCCGUGUCCUCACUCAACUGACAGAAGAGGUGAUGGGUGAGCCCCGAGGCUUGACGCUGCCAGAGUUCGAAAGGACCUUAGAGUUGCUCCGUGCACGCUACUGUUUUUUGCUGGAGGAGCUUGAACACUUCAAGAAUGUCUUUCAGGUCUUCGACCGCGACUGCUCGGGCGGCAUGAGCCUGGCGGAGCUCUCCAGCGCCUUCGCUUGGUUGGGCUUCCCAAUCACUGGCAGCGUUUGCCGCUUACAUCAGCAGCACGACCUGGAUGACAAGGGAGCUUUGACUCAGACCGAGUUCCUGCGCUGCCUUCGGAGCUUGUACGAGGAGGAAGCGCAGGAGAUUUCUCGGCGGCUGGCAAGGAAGGGUGGAAGGUGUCGCAAUGGCUUGCAGCUGGAAGAACUCCUGCGUGCGCUGGGCUACACUGCCACAGUGGAUAUCCUCGUGGAUGCACUUCAGGCACAACACCUUUGCAAAGGAUAUGUGCGCAAUAGCCAGCUGCUGGGGAUGCCCUUCGCGCAAGUGGAGUUCAAUCUCGGCCUCGAUGAGCUGCGGGAGUUGACGUGUAGCAUCCGGGAGCGGGACAGCUUCACCGACGAGGAAAUGGAGGAAAUGAAGGUGGCCUUCGCCUUGCAGUCCAAGUCCCAGGCGGAGAUUGCGACGCCCGCGCUUCAGAAGGCCUUGCGCUGGCUGGGGCAUCUCUACCAUUUCGAUCGAGUGCAGCAUUUGGUCCAAGAGCUGGACUUGGAUGGCGAUGGCUUGUUGGACUUCACCCUCUUUGUGAAGCUCCUCCGAAAGUGUCGCGACCAGGAUCGGCAGAAGGCCACGGAGGCCUUUUUCGAGUUUGAUUCCUUGGACUUGGGAUUUCUGGAUGAAGAUCAUCAGUUCGAUGCCUUUCAGAGAUUGGGUUUUGAUGAAGAUGUCUUUCGCCCGGAGCUGCGGCCCGAGGGCUUGCGCCUGCAACAGUUCCUGAAGAUCGUUCAGCGCUUCAAGUCAGAUCCCACGAGACUCCGAGCCCUGCGCGACCAGGACUUCUUUGAAGCCCACGAGCUUGCUGAGCUGCGACGACACUUCCAGCGAUUCGAUAAAGACGCCAGCGGAGAGCUGAAGGAGCAUGAACUGGUCGACCUGCUUGAGGCGCUCUUUCCGAGGCACGCCCACCUGCGGGAGUUCCGGCCCUUCUUCCGUGAGUUGCUACACUUCGCAGACGUGAAUCAGAACGAACGCUUGGACUUCCGCGAGUUCGUUCGCUUGAUUCGCAAGAUCCGUGAUCAGGAGGAAGAGUUCCACUUCGAGCUCUAUACAGCCAGUUUGGAAGAACUGGCCUUCAGCAAGAAGGAGGUGGGCGAGAUCCGCCAGUUCUUCCUCACGGUGGCUGGCCACCGGGAGCGGUUGCCCUUUGAGGAGGUGACCGAGAUGUUGGCGGGCAGCUUCAAACUGAAGGAGCCGGACAAGCAACGCCUGCUGAUGCUCUGCCGUUCCGCCUUAGAGACCAGUGGCGAUGGAGAUGAGGAUAUUAACUUUUUGACCUUUUUGCACAUCAUGCGCAAGGUGCUGGAUUCCGGAUGGCUCGACCGUGCGAACCCGGCGACAGACGCCGUGGUGGCUUCAGAGGGAGAAGUUGCGCCGGUGCCAGGCACUUGAGUGGUGCGCCCAAUUCCGGGCAUCCUGUGGAAGGAUAUCCAGACAGGAUUUGUUUGGGACCGGCAUCGUUAUAGGGCUCCAACUACCUCCUGAGAGGAUGGUUGGGAUGGAUUUGCGAGGUCUAACCACC